AUGUGCUUCGGCGAACGAACCACGUUCGUCUGCCCGAUUGGUGACUGUAUCAACAAGCAUUGGGAAACCAGAUGGUAUGACUUUGGCGCUGACGCUGACAGUGGCAAGUGCGCUGCUGGAAAUGCUCUUGGUACCUGCCCUAACCCCUGGUUGGUGUAUCAUCGAGAAGAGAAGCCGUGUACCGGAUGUUUCACCAGACUGAACGAGCGCACACCCUCGCCUCCUCCUCCUCGCGAAACCUGGCACACCGAAGAUCACAGCCACUCAUACCCACCUAUUCCGAACUACGAAAGGUCUGAGACUGACACUGCUGUUGCAACGGGUAGAUUGACAGGUCCAAUGCUCGUCGCUCGCGAGCUGAAUCGUCAGCUCCCUGAUGGUGGCAAGACUGUGUUUCAACGAAACGUUCCGGAGAAUCAGCUGGUUGAUCAAAUUCACGACAUCGUCGCAAGGAGAGAGACAGAUGGUCUCGAGCCUCAAAGAUGGGUCGAUACACCGAACUUGAUUGACUCGACUGAGGCCGGUGAUCACAUGGAUGAAAAUCUGCCCCCACCACCAACAACUCCAGUUCGGACUCUUCCACCAGCUGAGGUCCCACCUGCAGUUUUCCAAGGCCCUAUUCCAUAG